UGUGUAUCCUGUUACAGGUGGCGGUGCUGUGGUAGGCGCGGGCGUGUGUGUGUUGGAGGCGGCGCGGGGGCGUGUGAUGGUGGCGGAGUGAGGGCGUGUGGGUGAUGGUGGAGGGGCUGGUGUUCCGUGGCAGGGGUGACAACAUGAAGGUGGAAGGUGGAGCCCUCAGUAUCCCACUACCCUCCCCGCCGCUACCACAGAGAGCCUCUCGCCUAGUCUGCCUCGCCGCCGCCCUCCUGGCCUUCCUGCUGGGCGUCGCUGUGGGCGUUACGCUGCCGCUGGUUCUAGCCACCCCGCCCCUUUCCGCGCCCCUCGCCUUACCCUUCCAGCAGCAGCAGGCAGCAGAGGAGAGUGGGGUGGAGGGGGCCAGCAUGGUGGUGGAAGGUGUGGUAGGGGUCACACCCCCGCUACACACAUGGGCACCACCCUCCAGUGACCACACCUCCAGCGACCACACCCAGGUGGUCACACCUAGCGACCACACCUCCAGUGAUCACACCUCUAGCGAUCACUCCACCGACCUCACCUCCAGCAAUACUGGAGGCGCUAACCAGACGGCCUGGGGUGGGCCGGAGCGCGAUGCUCCUGACGUGGAGGAAGCCGCCGCUCUACUAGUGGACGAAGUGUACUGGGGCGCUGCCGUGGAGGCCGCAAUCCCCAGGGGCUUCCCCGACCACGAGGUCGACGAUUGGCGCAAAUUUACGCGGCGGCAGGCAGUGGUGCGCCUGCAGGAGGGUUGUGGCCGCAUGCAGAACCGUCUUCUAACGUUCGAGAACGGCACCAGGUCGUGCUGCCGGUACCGCCAGAACUACGACCAAAUCCAGGGAGAGAUCUUCAGCUUCUACCUGAGUCGUCUGCUGGGACUGACCAACGUCCCGCCAGCUCUGGGGGUGGUGCGGGCGGGGGCGUGGCAGUGGGCGGGGGUGGGAAACCAGCUGGCCCUGGCGCAGUGGGCGGAGGAGCGACCUGUCGUCAUGACCCGGUACGUGGAGGGCUUGACGCCAGCCUUCAUCCCGUCGUCUCUGAGGUCGUCCCGGCGACGACUACACCCUCUGGACGUGGAGGAGAAGGACCCGCGGGACAUGGCGGGCCUGGCCGAACUGGCCCAGUGGUCCGAUUUGAUCAUCUUCGACUACCUCACCGCCAACCUGGACCGCGUGGUCAACAACCUGUACAACAUGCAGUGGAACCCCAGCAUGAUGGAGGCUCCGGCGCACAACCUGGCUCGCCACGAAGCCUCGGGACUACUAGUCUUCCUCGACAACGAGUCGGGUCUCCUGCACGGCUACCGACUCCUCGACAAGUAUGAGGCUUUCCACGCCUCCCUCCUGCAAGCGCUGUGUGUUUUCCGCCGCUCCACGGUCGACCGCGUCCGCCAGCUGGUCGCCAGACGGGACGUUGGCGACCGACUGAAAAUGUUCGGCCGACACGAACCCGAUCUCCAGGAGGUGCUGCCGCCGAUCCCCGACAAGUCGAUCAAGAUCCUCAACGAGCGGCUGAACAGCGUACACAAGCAGGUUUCCAAAUGUGAGAAGAUGUACAUCGGCUCCUGAGUCCGGCUCUUGAGUCCGGCUCUUGAGUCCGGUUCUAGAGUCCGGCUCCCUGGCUCCCGAGUCCGGUUUCCCGGCUCCUGAGUCCGGUUCUCGAGUCCAGCUCCCCGGCUCCUGAGUCCGGUUCGAGAGUCUGGCUCUUGAGUCCGGCUCCCCGCCUCUUGCACCAAGCCAAAAAAAAAUUAGGCGUGGAUGAAGGCCGCGCCUUCCUUCCCUGUGAUAUUAUUGUGGGCGUCGGCAGCCGCGCCUGCCACGCCCCUGCCUUCCUGCGAUGGGCGUGCCCGCGGCUUCCUGGGGAGCUCCUCCCCGCCCCACCCUAUGCUCGCAUCCGCAAAAAAAAAAAAAAUAUAUAUAUAUAUAUAUAGGACACACGCGAUGUGACGCGGGUCAUGUGAACAUGUGACGCCACGUGUUGACGUACGACACCACAUGUAGUCGCGUGACGUCAAGUGUGGACGAAUGACGCCACGUAUGUGUGCGUUUCAUAUAGUGACGCAUGGUUCCCGACAAUACUGACGUGACGUCCAUACAACGUCUCGUCAAAUUUGCUAAGACGUAAGGAACGCAAAAAACACAAGAUAAUUCCUGAAGAACGUAAAAUCCCACGUCUUCCGAAGAACGUAAAACUCCCAUGUCUUUCUAGGAACGUAAAAAUUCCAUGAUGUCUUCUGAAGAACGUAAAAACCAUGAUGUUUCCUUAAGAACUUAAAAACCGUGUCUCCUGAAAGAACAAAAAAAAAAAAACUAUGGUGAUGCCUGAAGGAACGUAUAAGCCACAUCAUUCUAGAAUAUAAAAAACCACAUCAUUCCUGGAAGAACAUAAACCCCAUCAUUCCUGGAAGAACAUAAACCCCAUCAUUCCUGGAAGAACAUAAACCCCAUCAUUCCUGGAAGAACAAACACAUCAUUCCUGGAACAAACCACAUCAUUCCUGGACGAAUAUUAAAAACCACAUUCCUGGAAGAAAUUUAAAAACACAACAUUCCAGGAACAUAAAACCACAUCAUUCCUGGAAUUAAAAAAAAAUCAAUCCUGGAAGUACACAAAUCAUAACGAUUGUGUUGAUGGACACUGGCUGCCAUUUUAUCUAACCUGCCUCAAUAAGUCAUCUUUCAUGUAUCUGUUUUUAAACUCGCUGGAAGUAGCUAGAAUUUUUUUUUAUGCUGUGUCUCACUGUGCUUCCUGCAUCUGAGAGAACCACUCUUAUAUAUCAUAAUUUGUAUAUAUUAAAAUUCUGUCUAGGGAAAAAAAUGGAGUACUGGAAGAGUUGUGUUUCGUACGUCAAGCAAAAACUCGUCUCUUUCGCCACUUGAAUGGCUUUCAAAAUGUUUUCCUUUCUCAUUUAAGACUAUAUUUUACAAAGUCUUUUGUUUCUCUUUAUUAUUUAUUUCAAGGAUAUUUAGUAUUAUCGGGACAAUGUUUGUUAGUUCCAGUAAUGUAAUGGCUUUGUGUUUAUUGCGGGUGUAAACUCAGCGAGGUAGCGAGACGGUCUUCACACUGGCAGAGUUGGCCAUCCCAUGAUUAUAGGGUGCAGACAAGGUGGUUGCCGCUAGUCAGAAUAUCUUUUUCCAUCUCUCCUUUCCUUCCCCUGGCGUGUCCCCUCGUCUUCACUAAGUCUCCAGCACCAGGCUCCCCCUGGAAGGGAAGAGGGAAGGCAGAGGAGGGGAAAAAGUCUCCCCACAAAGAGGAGAGGGGAAAAAAAAAGUACGACCUUCACCCGCCUCUCGCAUCCACCACCCACAUAAAUUCCCACACUUGCCAUCAGUCAGAUGGCAAUUACGUAAUGUAGACGCUGCUUCGACACCAGCCAUUGGUCGCUGCCUGCUGCAGAGGGGGAGGGAGGGAGGGUGUAGAGGGAGGGGACUGCAGGAAGAGGGAGGGAAGGUGUGAAGGGAUGGGCUCGAAAGAUGAGGGAGGGUGAACAAGGAGAGGCGGGAUGUUAGAGGGAGGGAAGUAGUGAUGUAAAUUGUGAACUGCAUGCUUCCCAGCCUGCUGUGUGAUCCUGGUUCCCAGCCUACUGUGUGAUCCUGGUUCCCAGCCUGCUGUGUGAUCCUGGUUCCCAGCCUACUGUGUGAUCCUGGUUCCCAGCCUGCUGUGUGAUCCUGGUUCCCAGCCUGCUGUGUGAUCCUGGUUCCCAGCCUACUGUGUGAUCCUGGUUCCCAGCCUACUGUGUGAUCCUGGUUCCCAGCCUCCUGUGUGAUCCUGGUUCCCAGCCUGCUGUGUGAUCCUGGUUCCCAGCCUGCUGUGUGAUCCUGGUUCCCAGCCUGCUGUGUGAUCCUGGUUCCCAGCCUGUGUGAUCCUGGUUCCCAGCCUGCUGUGUGAUCCUGGUUCCUAGCCUGCACUGUGAUCCUGAUUCCCAGCCUGUGUGAUCCUUGUUCCCAGCCUGCUGUGUGAUCCUUGUUCCCAGCCUGCUGUGUGAUCCUUGUUCCCAGCCUGCUGUGUGAUCCUUGUUCCCAGCCUGCUGUGUGAUCCUGCCUUCCAGCCUGCAUUGUGAUCCUGCCUCCCAGCCUGCUGUGUGAUCCUGCCUCCCAGCCUGCACUGUGAUCCUGCCUCCCAGCCUGCACUGUGAUCCUGCCUCCCAGCCUGCACUGUGAUCCUGCCUCCCAGCUUGCACUGUGAUCUUGCUUCCCAGCCUGCAUUGAGAUCCUGUUUCUCAGCCUGCAGUGUGAUCCUGCCUCCCAGCAUGCAGUUUGAUCCUGCUUCCCAGCGUGCACUGUGAUAGGUAUGCGAUAGGUGGGAGUUAUGUGAGCGAAGGUGGGGGUUAUGUGAGCGAUAGGUGGGGGUCAUGUGAGCGAUAGGUGGGGGUCAUGUGAGCGACAGAUGAGAAAGCAGCUUCUUGCUACAAUGUUUACCAGUUCUGUUGAAUGAAGAAGAGAGAGGGACAGAGAGACGCAAUAAUGAUGGUCGCAGGGCAGGUAUAUAAAAUUUUAAACAAGUGGUACCUUGCCUUGGGAUGGAGGGAGGGGAGGAGUCCAGGUGUAGUACUUGUCUUGGGAGGCAGAGAGGGAGGGAUGGAGAGUCACUUACCUUGUGAUAGAGGGAGGGUCUGGUUCUUGGAUGAGAGAGGGAGGGAUGGAUCGAGAUGGAUGGAUAAAGGGGGAUGUAGGGAUGGAUAGAGUAAUGUAAUGUAGUGUGUGUGUGUGUGUGUGUGUUUGUGUAUGUAUCAUCAUUUCCUGUUUAUCUCCCUGCGUGCCUGUCUUUCCUGUCUGUGUUUCUCCCUGACUAGCUGUGUUCACUUGAUUAUCUCAAAUUUAAGUUACUGUGGUAACUGUAUUGUUCACGAGUGAGCCUGUUCACUGUUCACGAGUGAGCCUGUUCACGAGUGAGCCUGCCUGUUCACAGUACGUAACUGACUUGAAAAAAAAAAAAAAACAUGAUUCCAGUUUCUUCCGAACUUCAUUUUUUUCUGAAUGACGAAAACAGGGAACCAGAAUAAAAAACUCUGAAGAGGAAAAUUUAAUAAAACAUUAUAAACAAAACGAGCUAGAAAGUAUAAUAAAACACAAACACAAAAAUAAAACACUAAGCAAGAAAUUAAAACACUAAUCAAGAAAAUAAAGCACUGUAAACAAGAAACAAUAAAUACUGUUAACAGGAAACAAAAUACUGUUAACAGGAAACAAAAUACUAUUAACAAAAACACAAAAAUAAAACUAUAAACAAGAAAACACUAUAGAUAAUAAAACUCAGUAAAGACGACCAGGAUAACCGGAGUAAAUUAGAACAAAUUUUAUUGUUUAUGGAGGAUUAUUUCCUUUAAUAAUCUCAGUAUUCGUUUCAAAAGGUCAACUUUGAUCCAAAGUUCUUGAUCCAAAGAACUGGGGUGACCUUUUCCUUCCUGAAAUCAAAGCUGAUUAUCUCACAUUCCCUCAUCUUUUUGACCUAAGAAAAGUUGUCUUUUCAUAGACCAACAAGUGAAGGGUAAGAAAGAGGCGGCUUUUGAUUGGUCCGUACUUGAGAGUAAACAAAAGAGAGGCUGUGAUUGGUCCACGAGGGGUAAACUAGAACGAUAGGUUGGCACUGGUCCAUGAGUGAGAACCAAUGAAGUUCAAGUUUUUUGCAGAGUGCCAACCUCAGUACCACACUUACUGGUGGGGAAGGUGUCAACCUCAGUGCCACUGACUGACAAUUUUACUGGCUAUACAAACUAAAUAAAACUAUUACUGAUAAAAUAUAGAACAAUUACCAAUAAUAAAUAUUAUCAAUGCAGAGGAGUCUGUCUCUAGGUGACGCAGGUCACCCAGAUGUUGCAAUGGUGGAGGUGACACACACACACACACACACACACACACACACACACACACACACACACACACACACACACACACACACACAA